AUGCACCCCGCACACAGCUCUUCGCCCCAGGCAGCGAAGUCGCCUGCCGCCCGCACAAACUUGACGCCCACGUUUUGGCCGGUGGCGAACCCUACGACCGGUCCGCGUCUCUUCACGCAUUCACCAUACCUCACGACGGGGAACAUUAUCGCCAGCGAGUGUCUCGACGCCGUAGAAUUUGAAGCGUUGGGCGGUGUGGAUGGACAGCGCACCAGCCAAGGGCCACCCAUCACCAGCGGGCCCCACCGAAGCGGCUCGAGCUUCAAUGCCAGCAGCAACAGUGGAAACCAGCUGCAUACCCCGCACGGCUACUCCAACAGCAAGAAGAACGUUUGUCGGCACUUUAUCAACGGCAACUGCAAUCGCGGCAGCUCUUGCCGUUUCUAUCAUCCUGGGCCGAUUCACUGCGUCAUCACCCCAACGCGCCCGCGCACCCCGACCCAGCGACCGCUGACUCCCCUGGCAGACCUGGCUCAGCAUAGCAGCGCCUCUGCGACCCAGUCACCAGCGCACAGCCCCUACAUCAAGCCGACAAGUGCGCUACUGUUUUCGUCUCCGCGGCAGUCGCUGAAGCUGAACAGCGGAGGUGUAAGUGCGCGCAGCAACCCUGAGUCCUUUGCUUCUCCGCCUACUUCCCCUUCCACGUCUGUCUCUGCCCAGCGCAGCACCGCCUUUGUCGAGAGCCCGGCGCACGUUGUGACGACAGCACCGGCUCUCUCUAGCCCCUCCUUUGGUCCGCAGUUUAGCCUUGGGAGCUCACUCGGUGCUCGGGCGCGCUGUUGGUCUGACGCCAACCUGUUGCCCUCCCUGCAGCUGCCGGAAUAUCUGUCAAACGGUAUCGACGACGGCACAGCGGAGGCCUGCAGCUCCGCCACUGGCGCGGACAUGGGGCCACCUAGUAGGCCGCACAGCCCGUCCUCGCCGGGCCCGUACAGGCUCCCAGUGUACUGCGCAGGGGUGCAGCUGGGAGCAAGCAGCAACAGCGGCCGCGGAGAGAGAACAGCAGCGCUUGCCAGCCUGCACCACCACAAGGUUCCCGGCUGCAGCUUCCCGGCUGCGUCAAGCAAAACAGUCACGUCCCCCAGGCCCGGUAGCGUGACGCGCAACAACCCCUAUGCCUACUCGCCGACAAGGGUGCGGCCGCAGCUCAGUCAACCCAUGAGCCCGCUAAAGCAAGCACCGAAUGGGCCAGAGUGA